AUGCAGGAAAAUACAAUUGUACAGUAUAUUUUAAUAAAUAAGGAAAUAUUAGAUAAAAAAUGGCCAUUAGGAUCUAUUAUAGCUCAAGCCUGUCAUGCAUGUGUAGCAGUGAUAGCAGAAAAUAUUAAUGAUAAUAUAGUUAAAGAAUAUGUAUCAUCAGAAAAUAUAAAUAAUAUGCAUAAAGUUGUACUAAAAGUAGAUGACACUGAGGAACUUAAAAAAUUAUCAAGUAUCUUAGAUAAGGAAUCCUUCAAAUAUAAAAUGUGGAUUGAACAGCCAGAAAACAUUUUGACUGCUUUGGCUUUAAAACCUUAUUAUAAGAAUACAAUAAAAGAUUACUUCAGAAAAUAUCAGCUUUUAAAAAAAUUAUAA